UGUAGCAGUUAUUGGUGGAACUGAUAGCAGAACAAACCUUCGUGAUGGUGGUUAAAUUAAAAUUCAUAUUUUGUGUCGUGGCAUUUUUAAAUUUAUUUUCUUUGUGCUACUCUGAUAAACCCGUGUUUUCCGUAGUGGCAUCUUUGAUUCUUCGGCCUGAACGUCCUUUUAAUUAUGCUAUCACUGCAAAUGGUAUUGAACGAGUGGUAACUGUUAACAUUAAACUUUCGGGAACUAGUAUCGACAACCAUUAUUAUGAAUUAAAUAAUAUCGGAGUUAAAAUAAAAUCUGGAGUACACAGAAAGAUGAGGUUUAAUACUGAAGAAUUAAAACAAGGUUCCUACAAGUUAAAUGUUACUGCUUACGAUCCUGAAACUGGAAGAAGCUAUUCUGAAGAACGAGACUUAACUUUCGUAAACUAUUUAUAUGGUUGCCUACCUAUUAUUGAUAAACCCGUUUAUCUGCCACAAGAAGUAAUAAAAUUCAGAAUAUUUUCAAUUGAUUCUGAAGGACGACCUUCGGAUGUGCCUGAAGGAAAUAUAAUAAUUACAGAGCCCAAUGGUGUAGAAGUUAAAACAUUUUCAAAUGUAACCUUUGUAAAUGGUGUAUAUGAAGGAUACCAUCAACUAAGUCCGAAGCCUUCUCUGGGAAAAUGGACUCUAACGUUAAAAGAUCCUCGUUUUUAUGACUGCACCAAAACAUUUAAAGUUGAAGAAUUGAAAGUUCCUUUAAUUAGUCUCGCCAUCACAAAUCCUGAAUUUGUUACAAUAUCUGAGGAAAAAUUCCAAGUAACAACAUCAGUGAAAUAUAAUUUUGGUACAAAAGUUAAAGGCAGAAUGAUUGUGAAUUUUUAUAGUAGACAUUUAGGUGAGAACACCACCCCAUUAUUUUCAAAACAAUUCGAUAUUGUUGAUGAAGAGAGUGUUACGUUUGAAGUCGAUAUGAAAAAAGAUUUAAAUAUAGUAUCUUUCAAAAAAAUGGCAAUAGAAGCUACUUUUACAGAUGAAUUAACUGCGAAAACAGUUGAUGCUACUUCAUUGAUUGGAAUCCUAGAAAACACUUACGAAACAAAAAUAAUGGGCAAAAAAUACUAUGUAGAUGGUGAAAAUUAUGACUAUGUAGUUGCACUUCGUAGGAUUACUGAUAAUUCUCCGCCCCCAAUAGGGUUUAAAAUAGAUGUUAAAAUUGAAUCCAUAUGCGAUCAUAGAGACCCUAAUUGCACAAACAGAAUUUUAUUGAAUAAGGAAUACGAGCUGAACUUAGAUGGAACAGUUUCCUUACAAUAUCUUCCUGUAACUGGUUUCCGCGAAAUGAUACUUAUACAGAUAUCUGCUCAUGCUACAUUGUCGAGAACUCAUUCUGCACAUCCUUUUAAUGAAGUAACUCUUCCUAAAUGGAGGAUUAUAACUCUCACAAAAAACCCUAAAAUCGGAUCGCGAGUAAAUAUUCAUGUGGAAACAGAGCAUGAUGUUAAGCAAUGCUACUGUCAUUUAAUAGUGAAGGGAAUACUAAAACGAAGUUUUACCAUAAAUUUAAAAGAUAGACAGGGAAUCUUGAGUUUCAUUCCUGAUUUCACUUUCACGCCAAAUACCUUUUUUUACUUCCACCGUUAUGAUGAGAAUCGUAAUAUUCAUGCCACUCGUAUGUAUAUACCUUUUUCUGAUUUAUUUCCUAAUUAUCUUGAUCUGUCGUUAUCAUCAACAAACGUUAAACCUGGAAGUAAUCUGAAACUUCAUGUUGAAAGUGCACGUGGUUCAAAUGUUUAUCUCAUGGCAAUAGAUCAACGUGUUCAAAAAGGAAAAUAUUUUAACAAACGGUUUGUUCCGAUACUUGGUAAAAUAGGAUUUUUAAAUGGUUAUUCUCGCGUUAAAAAGGUGCAUCCACACGACACGAUUGAACAUGAAUAUGAGGUAUUUAUAAAGCUUCCCUGUUUUAGUGAAAAAUUAUCUUUUCUUUUUUGUAGAGAUCAAAUUUGUUACUAUUCAAAUUUCAACUUGCGAAUUCGUCAUCAGAUGACGAUUUUAAUUCGAGAGAUUCUUUUCAGCAAAUGCCUUUAUUUUCUAAUUAUGGACCAGAGUAUUAUUUUGAUGCAAAUAUAUAUACAAGUUCUUAUUUUACCAUUAAUAUUUGAAAACGCUUUGAUAAACUUUUUUUUUUUGUAACAAUAGAAAAAUAUUCCAAACAAGUAGAAGGAAAUGAUAUCAACAAAUCAUUUUUAUGGGAGACUAUUCGCGUAAAUAAACGAAAAGAGUAAAGUAGAAUUCUAAUUUUUUUUAACAGUAGAAGAAAUUUCAAGUGGGAGACGCUUCAUUUCUUUACACCACUCUGACUCGGAAUAACUUUUUAUCACUUAACGUAAGAGAAUCAAAAUGAAAUCAAAAAAGCGUUGACUAAUGCAAAUUGCCAUAAUGUAAUUGCGUUAGAAUUAACUUCAAUAUUUAUUUUUUUGCUAUACGUAGGACUUGAACGUAUUCAAGCCGGGUUUUAUUUAUUGUUUUAUACUUUAUUAGCUUCUUUUCCUUUAUUAAUACCAACAAUCAUACGAAGCUACGAAUAGUGAUUCGCCCUCUCAUUCUGGGUUAUAUUGAUUUUAGUAUACAAGCUUCUGGUUUUUGGGCUGGUGAUAAAAUUUUGAAAACAGUAAAAGUUAUCCCUGAAGGUAUCCAAAAAUCUAUUACAAAAUCUGUGUUGUUGGUGAAAACUGAACCUGUUGCAAGCUUUGACUAUGAAACUUCUCUUGCUUUUAUGUUGCCGUCCAAUAUUUCUCUAGAUACUGUUUCAGUAGAGAUUAAGGUUGUGGGUGAUAUAAUGGGCCAUUCGUUUAACAAUUUGGAGAAACUGAUAAAAAUGCCUACUGGAUGUGGCGAACAAAAUAUGCUUGAAUUUGUUCCAAAUAUUAUUGCAUUAAACUAUUUGAAUGUUACAAACCAGCUUGCAACAACAAUAAGAUUGAAAGCUAUACAAUUCGCACAACGUGGAUACGAACAAGAACUAAAAUAUCGUAGAAGUGAUGGAUCUUUCUCAGUCUAUGGAAAAUUUGAUCCUUCUGGAAGCACAUGGUUGACUGCAUAUGUUGUGAAAUCAUUCUUAGAAGCAAAACAUUACAUCACAAUUGAUGAUAAUGUCAUUUCUAAAGCAAUUACAUUUUUACGCAGUAAGCAAAAUGAAGAUGGAAGUUUUCGAGAGGAUGGCAAAGUUCAUAUUAAAAGGUUACAAGGAUCGUCAAGCGGAACUCUUGCAAUGACAGCAUACAUAUCUAUUCUCCUUUCUAAAAAUUUAAUUGAAUAUCCUUCUUAUGAGCUGGCUAGAAACAAGGCAUUGAAUUACAUACAAAAUUAUAUUAAUAACAGUAUUGAUUCUGUAAAUGCAUAUUCCCUAGCUAUUUCUACAUAUGCACUUUAUUUGGGUGGAUAUGAUGCUUAUCAAUUAUUUUAUCAGCAUCUUUUAACGAAAGGUAGUGAAACAAGUGAUGAGUUGUAUUGGAAAGAAAUUUACGCUAACGAUGAUGACAGCCAAGAUUGGGAUUGGAACUCGCAAGUUUAUUCAAGUGACAUUGAAAUGACAGCUUAUGCAUUGUUACUUGUUCAGCACAUUGACCUGGGAAAAGCUACAAAAAUCGUUAAAUAUCUUAUUUCUCAUAAGAAUUCAUACGGGGGAUUUGAGUCAAGUCAAGACACUGUUGUUGCUUUAGGUGCAUUAGCUGAGUUUGCUGUCAAAACUAAAGUUGCAGAAGAUUCUCCAAUGAAUGAGGAAACCUCGUCAAUGAGGCUUCAACUAUCACCUGAUCUCGGUUCUAAGCUUAAAGUCACAGUAGAUCAGCACGACAAGCUAAGCAUUCAAACAUUUACUUUGGAUAAUCUUGCGCGGCAACUAAAUAUUUCAUCUUUCGAAGAAUCAAUAGGAACAGCACUAGUUUCAUUAACAUAUACCUUCUACGAAAUUCAAGAAGAAACGUUAUCACCAUUCAACAUAUCUCACAUUUUCAUUAAAUCAUGUGGUAACUAUUUGAGCUCAAAAAUUUGUUUAAGUUAUAUUCCGUCAGAGAGCGAUCAAAAAUCUGACGUUGCUCUGGUUACAAUUUCGCUAAGUUCUGGUUUUAAAUACAAUCGUAAUACAAUACAAUCGCCUGCUAUCAAACUCUUGGAAACUAAAAAUGAUGAUACUACUGUUUUGGUUUAUCUCGACCCUUUGGGAUCUUACCCAACCUGUUUCAUGAUAGAUUCCAUACAAGAAAGCAUUGUUAGAAAUCCUAAAGACGGAACAAUUCAAUGUAUGGAUUAUUAUGACACAACGAAAAAGGGUAAAAUCUCCUUCAACAUUCCUAGUAAUUUAACUGACACUUGUGCGCAAGAGACUCCAGAAGUUGACACUUCCGGAAUUUUUGAUGAUACUCCAGAAUUUUCAGAAGAGUCUCCAGAAGGUUCAUUUCCAGAAGAUUUUGUCAUUUCAUGA